AUGUACAAAGCAGACGUCCAACGGGAGAUCCCGCUAAUCAAGCGAGCUCUAUCCUUCACUGCCUUUCGCGUGUUUCUGCAUUCGAUGAUUUAUUUCGCCUCUCCGGAGACCUUCCUGAAGACCCUGGAAGAGUUCCUGGACAUCUGCCAUGCCAAUGGCAUUGGAGUCGGCUUCGUGUUCUUCGAUGACUGCUGGCAUCACAGUGGCUUGGACCUGCAGAAGCCGUGCUUGCCGACGAAGGGGCUUCACAACGACUGCUGGAUGGCCAGCCCGCAAGACGUGGAGAGGUACCUGGGCGUGGAGCAUUUCAAGCCGUACGUUCAGGACCUGGUGAGAAAGUUUGGACAAGACCCUCGUGUUCUUUGGUGGGAGAUCAUCAACGAACCUGGCAUAAGGAAGCACCCCUACCCGCAAGGCAACUUCUCCGAAGCACUGAGGGCGGCUGCCUUCCACUGGUGCAAGGACCUCUCCCCUCGUCAGCCCGUGAUCAGCUGCUGGAACGAGGCGGACGACACCACGAGGGGUACGAACACCAGCAUCUCAAACUCUGAGCUGAACGAUGCUCACCAGUACAACGUGCCUUGGAACGGAACCUCGAAUGCUGUCUUCCAAAACUUGACGGGCAAGAUGAAGGGCGGUCUGGUUACGGAAGCUGGCGCCCGGUGGUAUCAAGGCUACCCCACGGAUGACGGCUCCCCCUUGACGGUGGUGGACUGGCUCACAAAGCUGCGUGGAAACCCUGGCGCCAAGUUCGUCCCCGGCGUGAUGCUCGACUGGGAGGUCAUGGUGAGCAAUAGCAACACGCGCUGGCAUUGGUUCACUCCGGCCAAUGCCGCGGAGCCAGCAAUUCCGUGGCAUCAGCAUCUGUUCCCUGAUGGUAGCCCGGUGAGCUACACUGAAGCUGCAGCCAUCCGCAGAUAUAUCACCGGCAAGGACGACUUCAUCUACUUCGACGACUUCCUGAAGGACUCGAACCCGAACAGCGACGAGAGGUUCUACGUGUUGUCCGAGAACGCUUUCCGUGUACCGCUGCCAGGGACACUCCACGAAGCGUUGGUUGAGAUGGCGGUGUGGCCAACCCCCCUGAGCACCGUGGUUGCGAAGCUGGGCACCCUGGAGGUGCGAUUGGACGUGCCACGCGCGCAGCUGAGCCUCGUGGGGCACCGGAACUUCAGCACCGCAGCGCUCGAGUGCGGGGUGCUGUCCAGCAGCAUCACGGCGACUCCCAAGCGUGCCGCCUGGAACAUGCUCCGCGUGCUUGUCAAGGCAGGCCGCGUGGCGGUCUGGCUCAACCCCAUGUAUCCCGAGGCCUUCCCGGACCGGGCGCCCAUGCCCUCGGAGCCCUCCCGCACCAUCCGGGCUCUUCCUCCCCGCUUCGACGUGGCAGUGGGACAGCCACUCCUUGGUGAGAUCCAGGUGACGGCGGACCAGGGUGCAUUGUUGGACUACAUUUCGGUCCUCCCCGCGGUGACCUAUGGGACUGACUGGCAGCCCUCUGCGGAGGUCUUCACCUGA